UUACAACCGGAAAAAAACGUAUUUCAUUUCCUCUGAAUAUUUUCCUCAAACAGCUGGCUACAUCGCACGGGGAAUUGAGAAGCAAUAAAACAGCUUUCCUUUUGCAGUUUUUCAUUUCCAACAAAUAUUCGGUGUCUACAGUCCGCAAUAAAACAUGUCGCACACAAUUUUGCUUGUCCAACCAACCAAGAGACCUGAGGGCCGCACAUAUGCUGACUAUGAGUCAGUGAAUGAAUGUAUGGAGGGUGUUUGCAAAAUGUAUGAAGAGCAUCUUAAGAGGAUGAAUCCAAACAGUCCCUCCAUCACUUACGACAUAAGUCAGUUGUUUGACUUUAUUGACGACUUGGCCGACCUGAGCUGUCUUGUGUACAGAGCUGACACUCAAACAUACCAACCAUACAACAAAGACUGGAUCAAGGAGAAGAUAUAUGUCCUGCUGCGGCGUCAGGCUCAGCAGGCAGCAAAGUAAAGGCACCAGUUAGGAGUUGUCCUGCUACACACACCUGGAAGGAGUUUAUGCUGCACUAUUUCCACAGCGUCUUGAAGAUCUGUGUAUAAGGACAACAUUGUCAGUUUGACAAGGGAAGGGUUUACAUAUUAUACUGUACAUGGGGCAAGGAAGGGGUUUGAAAACUGAUUAAGUCAGAAAGUUGGGGCUUUAUAUAGAAAUGGAGUCAUGCUGGGCAGCCUAUGUAUGUUUGUAAUUUGUUACACUAAGGUCAGGGUGGGGCUAAUGGCUGCAAGGAUUAACUUAUUGAUGGAGAGUGAUCCGUGCAUGGAGAAAUGCUCCAUGGGCUAGCUAAAAACUAUUUUUUCUUUGUCAAAUUUGUAGUAGUAUGAGUUACGUUUCCCUAAAAGUUGUAACAUUUUUUUAUAUACCUUUUGAUGGGUAGUUGGAUUUGGACAUGCUGUUGAUUUUGAAUGCAGGUGAUUUUAUUUUCGAAUGAGAUGAACAAUCUGCAGAAUGACCAACUCGUUGUUGUAACUGAUCCCAGAAGAUUUAUUUUCCAUAUUCUAUCUAUUAUUUUUGUUACUUUAUCCUACCCAUCAUGAUGUAAAAUGCUGUUUUUGUAAACGUUUUGAUUUAAGCUAACCUUGUUUCUGUUUUCUUUGAUUUAAACAAAAAUAAACUAUUGUUUUCUGA